UAUAUGUAAAAAACGAGUUUGACGUGAAAUAAUGUUUGACAAUCCUCUUCCGCCUGAGGCCAACACCUCAAAGGAGGAUUAUUUAUUAUCGAGAGCAAAGGAGGCUUUGCACACUGACAUUUACGCAGCAAAAUCCUGGUUAAUUACAGCGAAAUCAUUAUUUCCACACAGUUCCAAAGUACAGUUUGAGGCCUAUCGAAUAGAAAAACUCUCGAAAAACGUGAAGGAAGCUGCCAAGUGCUUCAGUGAAAUUUUUCAGAAUUUUCCCGAAGAUCGUGAAAUUUGGGUGGAGAUAGAGACAGUAACAGCAUGUCUUCGUUCCGAGAAAAACGAUCCCGAGUCAGAACUACUCUGCAAGAUGUUCCAACACAUUCCCCAAGAGCUUCAGCACCGACUACUUGUAAUGACAGCUGACCACAGUGAAGACACUAUGGAACACUGCAAACUAUUGCUCCUGUUGUUAAAAAAAUUUCCCCAAACAAUUUCAACUCACGGUCCACGUCUCGUCGAGACUCUCCUGACGGCCGAAAAACACAGUCACCCAGGCGAAGCUGUAAAUGAUUUUCGAAGACUCCUAGCCUGCGAGGCUCUGCCACUUUUGGGAGAAGCCCCUGUGGACUUAAACCCUCGAUUAAGUCUACGAUUGCUCUGCAAAGCCGUGGAAUUUUUUCUAGCCUACGUUCAACAGCCCCCAGACUGUCAAAUAACAAAUCCCUGGGAUCGUUUGUUCCAAGUUAUUGACAUUAUUGGUAAAAAACUUGGAUGGGAAUUGAGCAAUUUAUUCUCAACUCCAUGGAACCAAGAGGCCUACUGCGAGAGAAUUCAACAGUAUGCUGCUACUCAUGCCAAUGGACUCAGUGAUGAAGUCACUGUAAGACAAUUACUACUGUGUGCAAUUGCUGUGUUAAUUAGGAUAUUAAAUGAGCAUGCUGCUCAAAUGAGUAGUUUCGAUGUGCCUUACUGUCUGGUUGAGGCAUUUACUGAGCCAAUAUUAUCUACUACAGAGCCAAAACCGAAAAAACGCAAAAGAGAGGAGAUCGUUUUAAGCAGUGACUGCGAGUACAGUGGAUAUGGAUUGACGUCAGCAGUUGGUCUUUGGGACAUAUUGCACAGUACCGAGUACAUGAAGAGAGAGGUAGCCAAACUGAGCCAGCAAACCCUAAGAUUGGACGCUUGGUUGAAUCCUUUUCUUAUUGACCUAGCUGUUUACAAAGGACUGCAUCAAGAUGCACUGGCAAGGUUUCCCCAGGCUGGAGGUAAUUUAACAACCCACUUGAGAUUAGCCAGCACUUGCUUUUGUCUCAAGGACUACGGUGGAAUGUUGGAUUACAUAGUGAUGAUUGUGAGCGCUUUACCUCAAACACGAGGGAAAUUAUCAAAUAAUCUGAAUGCUCCUGCCACUCGACAUUUGCAUUAUCUAGCCCUCGCGGCAUUACCGAUAUUGCAAUACUGCUGCAGAUUACUGCUGAAUGGGCUGAAAAGUAAAUUGACUAUUUCUACCGAUACUGGUGAUUGGGUGACGGGCAAUUCACUCGUAUUGAUGCAAAUGGAUUGGCCACAAGAGGCCAAUCUCUUGCCCAUCAUCUCCGAGCGCAUUCGCAUGCACGAGGCAUUCAGAUAUCCACUGUUCACCUCUUAUAUUAUUUGUAUUGAUAUUCUGGAGGAACUCACUUAUUUGUGGACUGAGGGUGGCGGAGGAGUCUCACUGGACAUUGCUAUAGGAUCGGAAGUGCUGCAGGGCAGGAGGAUAACGACUCGGGGGGCUGAUAAGGGAGUUCGGGAGGAAGUCAGACAAGCCAUGAGGCGACAGGCUGCUCGGCAAGAUGUUGAUCCUGUGAAUGAAUUAAUUCAGAGGUUUAUCAUUAAUGAGAAGGCAGCCAUUCUACAUAGCUUAAUGAUCAAGUGAAUUUGCUUUUCCAUUAAUAAAUGAAUGACAAGUUUGGGUA